AUGGCGCAGCCGCCGGCUCGGCAGCAAGGGGAGCGCAGGGGCCACCUCAAUCCCGGCAGCCACCAAAGGGUCCUCAUGAAAACGGGCCUCAUCCUCCUCAUCAUUGGGCACCUCAACUUCAUCACCGGCGCCCUCGUCCAUGGCACCGUCCUCCGCUUCGUGGUUGACCCCCGGGACGCCAUCUCCCUGCAGUAUGCCAUCGCCAAUGCCACCUCCGUCAUCUCCGCGCUGCUGACCAUCUCCUGUGGAAUAGCUGCCCUCAUGCUGUCCCGCUACCUUGCCCCCGCCGCCCUCAAAUGGGCGGUUUUCACCCUGAGCGCCAGCAGCAGCCUGGGCUGCCUGUCCUGCCUGCUGGGGCUGGCCGUCUCCAUCGGGCUGACGCUGGGCAGUCAGGGCCGGGUGCUGCUGGCCCCCUGCACCUUUGCCAACGUCGCCCUCGCCCCGGUCUCCCGCGAGUGCCCCUUCGAUCCCACCCGUGUCUAUAGCUCCACGCUGACCCUCUGGGCCAUCUCCCUCCUGCUCGACUCGAUGGAGAUCGUCUUCAGCAUCCGCUGCCUCCUGCUCACCAUCGACCUCCUCCACAUUGGCUGCUGCUGCCGCAGGGCGCACCGGAGGGAGGUCUCCUUGCAGGCAGCCGCCGUGGAGAGCCCCGACCCUGGGCAGUGCCUGGGCUUGCUGAGGCUGGACAGUGUGGAAACCGCCCAGCUCUGA